AUGUCGACAACAGCAUCAGAGAGACAACCUCUCUUGAGUUCCGCACAAUUACCUUCAGGUAGGGAUGUGCAGAAUGCCAUCCCAUCUAAAGGGCAGAGAAUCAAAGUGGCUGAAGUGAGUGGAGCUUUGGGUGCAGGUAAAUUACCCUCCCAAUCCCAAUUAUCCAAAUUGAUCCAGACGAUCCUCGAAUCCGAUACGCUCAAAGCUACCGGUGGGCCCAACUCGCGAACCGCAAGGUUAGGUGCGGAAGGCACGAGGGUGUUGGAAGAUCUCAAAGGUGUUUUGAGAGCUGCUAAGAAUUGGGGAGAGGAGAAGAACGAUGAUGAUUUAUUGCAGAACUUCUUUUACAACGCCGCUACGGCCGAUGUUGAUGUUGAUGUAUCCAGUGCAUCAGCCUCUCGACCCUCUCAAAAGGAACUUUCCAAAGAUGGUCAACGAGCUAUCGAAUCAUUCAGAACUAUCGCUUCUCUAAUCGUCACCAACGAUACUUUCCGACAACUUGGAUCCGAUCUCAUUCUCCUUACCCGGGAUAUCUUCGCGGAUGCUGCAUCAGUCGCGGCGGACAAUGCCAAGCAGGCAGCCGAGAAGACCCGACCAUCUCAAAAAGAGAGAGAACAAGGUGUCGAUUUCCAAAACCUCCAAAAUAAAGGUAAAAAAGGGUUGAAAGGUGCCAGAACGGGUAAACUUCAAGGUGACGUUAGAGAAAGUAUAUGGGACGAGGUCGAAAAUGUUAAACAAUAUUUCGAUGAGAAAUUACCAGAAGGUCAACAGAAGAAAGAUGAAUUGAUUGGUAAUUUACAAAAAGUAAUUACUCAAGCUCAAUCAAACCCCCAGUACAGAAGAUCCCUCACUACCAUCGUCAACUUGUUUAAGAAGUAUGCGAACAAGGCUGAACAGGCUUUAGACGAGACUCAGAAGAAGUCUAAUGUGGAUGACGAGGAUGAGAAAGUAAAACAGGCUGGUAGGGAUUUGAAAGCUUUCGUAGAGAAGGUUUCGAAUAAGAGUUUGGAUGAUGUUAUCAGUGCUUCUCAGAAGGCCGCCGAUGACGUUCGAAGCGACGACAAACUUUCCGCAUACUUCGAAGAACUUGGUAAUUACUUUGAUCGAUUAUUGUACGAACCCGGUUAUGUCACUUCUCAAAGAGCCUAUCGAAAGGCAACCUCAUUGUACGAUGAUGGACAAUCGCUCAUUGCUGAAAACCCCCAAUGGAAAGCGGAUGCUAGAGAACUACAAGAUCAAUUGGAAUCGAUAGUCAAUGGAAUAACCAAUGAUGAAGCUACCAACAAACUCGUUGAAUCCAUUGAGAAAUUAGGUUCUUCCCUCUCUCACGCUGGAAAAGUCGGUGUGGGAGCAUUGAAGGCAGAAGGUCAAGGGUUGUAUAGGGAUUUCAUGGAUGUGAUUGUACCGAGGUUGAUUGGGUUGGUUAAGGAGAUUCCAGUACCAAGGGUUGAAUAUAAAUCUGAAGACGUCGACCUCGUUAUCGAUGAUAUCAGACUUGAAUCUGUAUCGUUCAUCCCUGAUUCAAUCAGGUUCGUCCAACACAAUGAUCUUCGAUUCACCCAAGGAUAUGCUACAUACGCAUCGGAGUACGAUGCCUCUGUCAGACUUAGGGUACAAGGUCUCCACUUCUCAGCUUCGAACAUCGCAUUCUGGGUCAACCUCAAAUCUGGAUUUAUGCCAUUUGAAGAUUCCGGUUUGUUAGAUAUCAAGUUUGGACCUCAAGGAAUAUCUUUCGAUGUCACCUUGGAAAACGCCGAUGAAGAUGAUCAAGAGACUUUCUUCGUGGUUAAAGAUGUUCAAGUUUGGAUUUCUGGGUUCGAUUUUGAAAUCAGGAAAAACAACAAAUGGUUGGCGGCCUGGUUCGCUAGACCUGUUAUCAAGGCUUUCGUCAAGCGGAACCUCACCCACGCUCUCGAAGCUCAAAUUGCUGAAUACCUCCGACAAGCUGAUUUCCGAUUAUACGGUGUUCAACAACGAGCCAUCGCAGCCACCAACGCUCGACCUACCGCUGCCAACUUUAUCAAUGCAGUAUUCAGCGAUUCCAUCUUCCCUCACCCGUCUACCUCUGGCCCUGUUACAGUUGGUUCCAAAGGUGUUGUGAAGUAUGGUAGAAGGGGUGAAUACGUACUUCACAUUGGAGUUGAUGAGGAUUUGUUCCCCAACAAACCACCUUCAUACGUUUCCAACACCCAAAGACAGAAACUCAAGGCUGCCGCUUCCUCCUCUACGAACCGAGCUGUAGGGGCAGCCGACCAGUUCCGAGGUAAAGGCAAACAAGCCACUGAUCAAGCUAAAGCCGAAGGUGAAGAUUUGACAGCUAGAGCAAAGGAGCAAAAGAGGAGGGAAGAGAAAUCGGAAGGAUGGAGAAGUGAUGCUUUUGAUGUGUAA